UUUACAAAAAGUGGGAAGUUGUGUUCAGUGUUCGUAAAUAUUAAAAACUAUAAACGGAAAUAAUCAUAACUCGAUGAUGCCGUCGAUUUUAGUAGAGCUACGCCCCGAUCGCCACUUUAUGGAUCAUGAGUUUGAGGGAUACAAGUUGAACUUACAAGCUCUUCCUCAUUACUCGCACACCCUAGCAUCGCCGGCCGACAGAUUGUUCCCCGACGAAGUGCAAUACUCCUUCGUGCACGCAAAACUCUUCGCACUUCAUAACCACUUGAUAGCCGAUAACUGGGCCUACUCGCACAGCUUCUAUUACAUCGAUAAAAAACAACAAGUACGUCUCGUAUCAUUUGAAAGUACUAACCAUACUUUCGAGGACCUGGUUGUGUACGACGUCCCCGCACAUGUAGAGCGGAGGUCCGGCCACUUCAACCUGUGCCUGUCGUUCCCGUCCAGCAGCUUGGCUUUGGUCAGUGAUGGUACUGGCUACCUUCACAUUGUUGACACUGGACUGAGGAACAAAUCUUCAGGACGAAAUCAGACGUGGCAUACUUUGCACUCGAGUCUCGUACUUGGAGAAGGCAAGUACUUUGUCAUUGUGGAUACAAGAGUGCAAGAAAAAGAUAACAAAGAAACCUUACAUUGUCUUUUACAAUCUGUUGAACAGAAUGACAGUCAUUUCUUUUCUGUUCUCACUUGGGUCAAAUAUGAAAAUGAUGGAAAGAAUUGGAAGCAAACAAACAUGAGGCAGUUACAAGGCAAAGGUAUUGUACACUAUGCGGCUAUUGAGACUACCUGCAUGGCUCUGUAUGUAGCCUCAGACAACCCAUUCAAGUUCACCACGGACACUGAAAAAGAAAUUAUUGAGAAGGCAAAUGAGGAAGCAACACCAAAAAACGUAAUUUAUACCUGGCUUCAGACAGGUGAAGAUAUAUCUGUAACAUUAAAGUUACCAAACAAAUUUGAUAAAAAGCUUCUCCAUGUGAAUGUGUCACCACUGGCCAUAAAAGUGAGUUAUGCUGGAAACACGUUUAUUGAUGGGAAACUGAAGCACAAUGUUGACAGUGAACUGACUACUUGGAAUGUGCAAGAUAGUGGACAAGUGGACAUACUGUUAACUAAGUCAGACAGUAUGAUGUGGGAUGAGCUGUUAGAAGGUGGUGAUCCGAAGGGAGAACAGAUCAUGGAUGCCAGCCUGGUGGAGGAGGCACACAAGAGGCUGGCACAUCUGUGCUCAGAGACCGAAGUCACAGACAAUCCAGUCUCAGGGCUUUCCACCCAGGAGUUAGAAGAGUGUGAUGCAGCUUCAGAAGAAGACACUGUACUAGUGCGCUUGGAUGUGGAAAACCAUGAAGCUACCCACAGGAUCUCCCUCAGUGUUCAUCAGUAUUUAUUCAGUAUCAAACUGGACAAUCAAGAAGUACCUGCAUUGGCUCUGCGUCACGACGUGGAUGCCUGUGUUUGGCAGCCUUAUGCUCAACUAAUCAAUUCCAACACGUGGCCCAUAAAACACCAAGGUGCCCUGAAUGCAUUUGGAUAUGUACAGUCAUCAAAACAGAACCGAAAAUUUGUUACAUGCCCACCAAACUUUAAUUACAGUGUUGUGUGUGAAGCAUCGCGCCAUAUUUUCAUUUAUCAGAGUACUGUGAAUCCAGACAGCCAGCUCAGGAAGCGUAGUGGCACUGGUGGCCUCAUGAAAACUGUGAAAGUUGGCCAACAACAUGUCUUCAAUAUUGACAAGUUUGGUGAAGUGCUCGGCAUCAAUGCCACAAAUGAGUACCUGUUUGUGUUAACAGAGAGCUCCUUAGUUGCAAUUGGUAUGCAAUGACAUAUUAUUAUACAUUUGAAACAAGAUAUAGAGCAUAAUAUUAAUGUUACUAUAGUGUGCAAACAAUUUGGCAGAGAGGAAUGCCUGAAUGCCUCUCCCCAUGUUCCUCUAAGGAAAUUAAGGCAUUGUAGGUAUAAGUCAUACACUGAAUAAAAAGGUAUAAAAUGAAAUAAC